UCUCUCGUCACUCGUUCUUUCUCAGCGUAGAGAGCUCUGAUCUCUCUCUCUCUCUCUCUCCCUCUGUGCUUUCUACUGCGAAUCUAAUCUAAUCUCUGUAAGUUCUUGCACCCAUCUCUAUGUUCUAAUCAAUGCUUUCCGAACUCGUUUCAAUUGUUUCUUCUUUUGAUUUUCCGCGACAUUAUCUCUUAUCUUUCUAGGUGAGAAACGUCUGUAACAGAUUGCACCGUCACAGAGAUUCGUGCUGAUUCAAUCUUAAAUUUACAUCUCUAAAGUCUUACAAUUUUCUUUGCUUAUAUAUUUGGCUGAGUUUGUGGUUUUGUGUGGUGGGUUGUUGAAUUUGGGAACUGGGUUUCUUGUGUAAUGUGGGUUUUAGUGAGGGAUUGAUCUGGAAUUAGGGUACUAAUGAGACGCCGCCCUGCGGCGAGUGUCCCAUUUGAGCAAAUGGAUAAAGGGACUGGAAAAAAUCAACAGAACCGGCUUUGUUUGUUGGCUUCUCUCUCUGCAUUUUUCUGGAUUCUAUUAUUGUAUUUCCAUUUUGCUGUGUUAGGAGGUAAUAAUGUUGAUCAAUCUGUUAAAUUAGAGGAUCAACCACUAAAUACAGAAUCAAAAACCUCUACCCUUGUAACAGAUGCCCGUUUGACAAACACGCCAUCCAAAACUGCCCCCUUUAUAGAUGCCUCAUUGAAAAAUAUCCCCAGUAUUACUAGUAGUCAAGAGGAGGAGAAUUUCCCGUUUAUGAGGGCUUUGAGAACCAUAGAGAAUAAGAGUGAUCCUUGUGGAGGAAAGUAUAUUUAUGUCCAUGAUUUGCCGCCGAGGUUCAAUGAGGAUAUGUUGAAAGAGUGUAGGAGUUUGAGUCUUUGGACCAAUAUGUGUAAGUUUACUAGUAAUGCCGGAUUGGGACCUCCACUGGAGAAUGUUGAAGGGGUGUUUUCAAACACGGGGUGGUAUGCCACAAAUCAGUUUGCAGUGGAUGUGAUAUUCAGUAAUAGGAUGAAGCAGUAUGAGUGCUUGACGAAUGAUUCUUCCAUUGCUGCUGCAAUUUUUGUGCCAUUUUAUGCAGGAUUUGAUAUUGCAAGGUAUCUUUGGGGAUAUAAUAUCUCCAAGAGGGAUGCUGCUUCUCUUGAUUUGGUUGAUUGGCUUAUGAAGAGGCCAGAGUGGGGGAUUAUGGAAGGCAGGGAUCAUUUUCUGGUGGCAGGGAGGAUAACAUGGGAUUUCAGGAGGUUAACAGAUGAGGAAUCAGAUUGGGGAAACAAAUUACUCUUUUUGCCGGCUGCCAAAAACAUGUCAAUGCUUGUGGUUGAAUCGAGUCCAUGGAAUGCAAACGAUUUUGGCAUUCCUUAUCCCACCUAUUUCCAUCCUGCAAAGGAUGAUGAUGUGUUUGUUUGGCAAGAGCGGAUGAGGAAUUUGGAAAGAAAAUGGCUCUUCUCUUUUGCUGGGGCACCACGUCCUGAUAACCCAAAAUCAAUCAGAGGGCAGAUCAUUGAUCAGUGUAAGAAGUCAAAGGUGGGCAAGCUGUUGGAAUGCGAUUUUGGGGAGAGCAAAUGCCAUUCUCCAAGCAGUAUAAUGCAGAUGUUUCAGAGCUCCCUUUUCUGCUUGCAGCCACAGGGAGAUUCGUAUACACGAAGGUCAGCUUUUGACUCAAUGUUGGCAGGUUGCAUUCCUGUCUUCUUUCAUCCUGGCUCAGCUUACACACAAUAUACUUGGCAUCUGCCAAAGAACUACACUACUUAUUCAGUAUUCAUUCCAGAGGAUGAUAUCCAUAAAAGAAAUGUUAGUGUUGAGGAAGUGCUUAGUAAGAUUCCUCCUGAGCAGGUGAAGAUCAUGAGGGAGAAAGUCAUAAGCCUCAUUCCAGGGCUUAUAUAUGCAGAUCCUCGCUCAAAAUUGGAGACCCUUAAAGAUUCUUUUGAUGUUGCUGUUCAGGCGGUCAUAGACAAAGUUACAAGGUUGAGAAGAAACAUAAUUCAGGGCCGUACAGAAUAUGACAAUUUUGUGGAGGAGAACAGUUGGAAAUAUGAAUUGUUGGACGCAGGACAGCGCGAGGUGGGAGCUCAUGAAUGGGAUCCCUUCUUCUCAAAGCCAAAGGAUGGCAAUAGUGAUUCUGGUGGUUCAUCUGCGGAAGCUGCAAAAAAGUCAUGGAAGAAUGAGCAGAGAGAUCAAUCAUGAGAUCAAGGUAAUAACAGCAAUAGAAGUUAGAGUAAUUCCUAAUGCUCAACAAGGGCAAAGAACAAGACUGCCAACCCUGGCUUCAGUAGGUCAGGUAACAAUUCUGGUUAGAGCCUUGCAAUGAAAACUUUGUAGAAAUUAUUACCAUCAAGUUUGUCAGGCUCAUUUCCUCUUUUCCAAACAGAAACGUAAAUUCAUAUUUUCUGUUUCUAAUAUACUAUAAUCGAAAAUUUCCUUUCA